AUGUUUGAUCAUCUGGAUAUUCCGCUCCUUUCUGCAUUUGUGGAGCGAUGGCAGCCAGAUACAAACUCUUUUCACAUGCCAUUCGGGGAGAUGACCAUCACAUUACAUGACGUGUGGCAUAUUCUUCGGAUUCCAGUUGUUGGGGCUAUGGGCAGAAAGCGUAUGGGGAAGACGUUUUUGGCCCCAGAAUUAGGGGGAUCGGGAGCCCGUCACGUUACGACGCGUAAAGUUUCUGCCUCGGCUCGACGGAAGAAACAAGCGCAUACUUCUCCCGAUGACGUCCGCAUUUCUGUUGAGGAUCUUAGAGAGUCUGAUGAUUUUGUGAGCUCAGAGGACGAGCCAGAGGACGAGCCAAGGUCGAACAGACGACCUGAAGAGGUUGACGUGUGGACCGUUACUGGUCCAGUACCUGGUGGACCCGAGGAUGACACUGUUAUUCCUAGUUUUCUCGGGCAUGUCGCUUCUCGGCUAUGGGAUGGGGCGGACAGAGGCGUGCUGAAGUGUCAGACUAGACAUGGAGCUCUGAAGAAGCUGAGACAGUGGUAUGAGACGGCCUCAGAGGAGGUUAAGGUGCUGAUAGACGGGACUGAGAUAUCACAUCUCCCGUUUAUCAUGUUUGAUCAUCUGGAUAUCCCGCUCCUUUCUGCAUUUGUGGAGCGAUGGCAGCCAGAUACAAACUCUUUUCACAUGCCAUUCGGGGAGAUGACCAUCACAUUACAUGACGUGUGGCAUAUUCUUCGGAUUCCAGUUGCUGGGGCUAUGGUUUCAGGACUUCACUGA